AUGCAGGGCUAUGGCUAUGGUCAGCAGCAGCAGCAGCCUGGCAUGGGCGGCAUGAACGCCGGCCUUGGUGCUGGGAUGGGACGCGGCCUCGGGAUGGGCGCUGCUGCUCCGGGUCAGCCAGGCAUGCUCGGGAUGGGCGGCCAGCAGAUGGGCGGCCAGAUGGGCGGCCAGCAGCUCAACCCAAUGGGCCAGCAGCAGAUGGGUCAGAUGGGCCACCAGAUGGGUCAGAUGGGUCAGAUGGGCCAGAUGGGCCCGCAGCAGCAGAUGGGCCAGCAGCAGAUGGGCCAGAUGGGUCAAAUGGGUCAAGCAGGCCAGAUGGGCAUGGGCGCAGGAGCGAUGGCCACCCCUGCCCAGCAGCAGCAGCAGCAGCAGCAGAUGGGCGGUUAUGCCACGCCACAGCAGGCUGCAACGGGAUACCCCCAGCAAGGAGCCAUGAACGCAGGCGCCGUCGGCCAGCAGCUCUUCCAGACACCGCAGCACCAGGCUGUUGCUGGCGCUGGCAUGAUGGGCGCUACCCCCGGAGCACUACCAGGUGCAAUGCCGGGCGCAAUGCCGGGCGCGAUGGGACUCGGAGCACCCAAGAUCGGGAUGGGCGCUGCUGGGAUGGGCGCUGCUGGUUUGCCAGGCGCAAUCGGCGCCACUCCCGGCGCCGCCCCCGGACUUGGCAUGGGCGCUGGACUUGGCAUGGGUGCUGCUGCUGGACUUGGCGCUGCCCGUCCUGCCGGCCUCGGCGGCAUUGGUGGCGCAGCUCCUGGCGCUGCUGCUGCUGCAGGUGGCCUCGGCGCUGUUCCCGCUAUGGGCGCGAUGGGCGCGAUGGGCGCUCUUGGUGCCGCGCGUCCUCCUGGCGCACUAGGUGCAGGUCUUGGCGCAGCUCCAGGCGCCGCUGCCGCUCCAGGCGCGCUUGGUGGCCUUGCGGCCGGUGGCCUCGGUGCUGCGCGCCCUCCAGCAGCUCUGGGCGCUCUCGGAGCCGCACGACCCCCUGGUGCGCUCGGUGUUCCAGGUGCUGCCGCUGCAGCAGUUCCAGGAGCAGCAGCUGCACUCCCAGGCGCCGUUCCGGGCGCAGCCGCCGUCCCAACAGCUCUCGGCGCUCCUGCCGCCGCUGCUGGCGGUCUUGCUGGCGGACUCGGCGUGCGACCGACUGGUCUUCCUGCCGUGGGUGGCCUCGCCGGUGCUGCUCCCGCCGGCCUUGCUGGCGCGGCUCCUGGUCUUGCUGGCGCAGCUCCUGGUCUUGGUGGCGCUCUCGGCGCUCCACGACCCCUCGGCGCUCCUGGUGCUGCUCUUGGCGCUCCUGGCGCACUCGGUGCUCCGGGUGUGGGACUCGCUGGUGCGCGUCCUCCUGGUGCGCUCGGUGCCGUCCCCGGUGCUCUUGGUGCGCCUGGUGCUGCAGGCCUUGGCGCUCGCCCGAUUGGAGGCGUGCCCGGCGCACCCCAGUCGUUCGGCAUUUCUCUGUCAAGCGCCCCGACAGUCACCAUGAAUACAAAGUUCUCCGAACUCCCUGAGGAUUGGAAGCGAAAGCUUUUGGACCUCGAGAAAAGCAUUGCCACUCAAAAGAGCGCCAGCAACGAGAUUGCCAACCACACGAACGCCCGAGCGCUCAAUGUGGCCGCCCGAUGCAAAACCCUCAAACAGAAAGCUGCAGUCCUCGCCACCACCAUUGAGCGCGAUACUGUCGUGAUUGAUCGAUUGAAGCGCGACGUGGUCCAAGAGCUCAAAAAUGCCGAAAUGGCAUCACGAACGCUUGCUCGACUCAAAAUGCCGAUUCCAGCCAGCAUGCAACUCGAAAUGGCCUCGGCAUCAGACUACUUCAACCACCUCGUCACAAACUUUGAAAAUCGCAUGCAAAACUACCGACAGCACAUUGAGGAGCUCGAGGCUCAUCUGUCGAGUAUUAGCGAGCGCGAGCAAAUGACUCCGCAAGCACUUUCCGACAUCAUGCGUAAUCAGCACGAAACAUUCCUGGCGUUGGCUGCGCAGGUCGCUCAACUCCACGACGCCGUGCAAGAGCAAAAGGAGCUCUUUUUGAGCCAUUCUGCUGGAGAUCCGUUUGCUGCCCGCAAGAAGGCCAAGGAGGCGCAAGUCAAACGGCCAAUCCCUGCUUCUGGUGGUCUCACCUUGGAAAGCUCUCUGCGGUAUUACAAUACGCCGGCUCAAGCGCCUCGUCCAGCUGGCAUUGGAGCCCCUGGCAUGGGCGGUUUGGGCGUUCGCCCACCAGGCGCUCUCGGCGCUCCUGCUCUUGGUGGACUUGGCGCAGCUGGUGGUCUCGGCGCAUACCGUCCCCCAGGCCAACUCGGCGCGGUGGGCGGCCUGGGCGGAGCAGGUGCUCUUGGAGGUGCAGGCGCUCUCGGUGCCGCAGGUGCUCUUGGCGGUCUCGGAGCUCCCCGGCCUGCUCUCGGUGGCCUCGGACAACCCGGCGCCCUCGGACAGCCCGGAGCGCUCGGACAGCCUGGCGCCCUUGGACAACCCGGCGCCCUCGGACAGCCAGGGCUGCUCGGCGCUCAACCUGCUGCCGGUGGUUUGGGUGGCAUGGGCGCAAUGGCUCCACAAGUGGGAGCUGGCGUGCCACCACUCAACGUUGCCGCCACAGGCAGCGAUUUGUUGGCUCGCCGCAUGCAAAACAAAGUCUAA